AUGGCGGAGCCGGAGCGGGAGCAGCGCCCGCUGCUGGAGGUGGUGGGGUCUGGGCGGUAUAUCCUACUGUUUUCAAAAUCAGCAACUUCUGUGGCAUCUUUCACUGCAUGUUGUUCUUAUGCUGCUGGGAUGACCAUAUAUGCGAGUUAUCAGAUAUGGCCGUCUGUUGAUUUUCCAAACCUAGCAUCAAACCGUCAUUCAAUGAGUUUUUGGAAAAUAUUGUUGGAGAUUUUUGCUACAGUUGCAGGCUCUGCCUUCUUCUUGUCAGCAAGGGGUCUAGUUCUGGUAUAUCUAGCAUUCGCUAGUUUAUCAGUCAAUGCUGGUAUAGGUGUAUUACUGUGCCAGCAGCUUAGUUAUAUCUAUGAAGGAAACACAUAUCUCAACCAUCUAAGUUCACCAAAUCCCUUGCAUGGAGAGAGGGGUUUGCAGAACAUUGUUAGAUUUUUUGGGUGCCCUUAUCCAAUUUCCAGAGUUCUCUUGCGAUACUCGAACACUGGCAAGUUGCAGGAUAAUUCAGGGUCAAAACUUCUUUAG